CGCCACGUUAGUCUCCGCGCUCCCCGCAAACGGCUCAUCCGAUACCGACCCUUCUCCGCUACCCUUUCCCCACCUUUGUCUCUUCUACCAGUCGUCAACAAAUUGCAGCAAUUCACUCCCCGUAAAUGGCCGGCCGUAAAGGUCGAUGUCGAGAUGGAGACGAAGGUCAAGGAGAAGCGAUGAGAAGCGAGGUCGUGUGAGGGGUAAUGGAAGCAGCAGGAGUCGGAGCAGGGAAGGAGGAGAAGAGGAGGAGGAAGAAGCCAUGGGUGAAGAUAGAGGUGACGGGUGGGGGAGGGAUCCUGAUCUUGGGCAGCGUACUCAUCGCGGCCGCUGUCGGCGCCGGCACCGCCUUCGUGGCCCGUAGAGCUCAGAGAAGGCGGUCUUCGACCACCGCAAAACCAGCUGAUGAUGAGGAGAACGAUUCUGCUUCCAAGCCUCUCACCUCCAAGAAUCCAGAUGUUGGGGGAACAGAGGACACCAUCUUGGAAGAUGACACUCAUAAUGAUGGGUGUGGUUCAAUAGAGCAAACCUUGGAAGAAUCCGAGUUUGUUCUUGUUAAUGGAACAGGAGAAGGAAGCGAGCUGAUCUUGGAGAAACCUGACGUUGUUGGAGAAGAGAUCUCAUCGACAGAGCCUCGGUUGGAUGUGAGCCAGCAGCCAACCGAGCAACCUUUACAUGAAUCUGAGAUCACCUUCGCCCACGAAGAAGAAGAUGAUGAUGGAGUUUCAUCGAUGGAAUCUAAAUACGGCAUGAACUAUCACCAAGUUGAGUUUGCUCAUGACGAUGAAGAAAAAGAAGAUGAAGCUCCGUUAAAGGAAGGAGCUCAACUCAACAUGACAGAAUUAGAUGAAGCAUCAACUGACUCACAAUUCGAUCAAGUUAUUGGAGAAGACGAACCAGAUUCUGUUCUUGCAGAAAAGAUAAGAGGGGAAGUAGAAGCUUUGCUGACCGAGUCUCGAAUCGAGACGACAGAGUUUUCUGCUGUGAAGGAAAUAGAUGAGCAGGAAGAAGAAGAGGAAGCAUCAUCAACUGCAAUCAUUGAAGAGACAAAGCCUCAAUUGGAAAUGAGCCAACAGCAAACUGAGCAGGCUAUGGAUGAACCAAAGAUUGUAUUAGUAGUCCAUGAAGAAAUAGAAGAUAAAAAAGCCAUGUCAAGUGAAUCAGAAUCAGAAUCUGGCAUGAACGAUCACCAAACUGAACUUGCUUAUGACAAUGAAGCAAAAGAAGAAAACGAAUCAGGACUCCAUCAAACUCAACCUGGAAUGAAUGAGUGCUACAGUGAUGAUGUUAGAGGUGAAUCAAUGCUUCAACAGAUCUACAAAGGAUCAGAGCUUUCUACCAUGAAGGACAUAAAUGAAAUGGAAGAAGUGUCAUCAACUGGAUCACAAGAUAUUGCAGGAUCAUCCGCGGAAGAAGCCGAAAUGAGAGAGGAGGGUUCAGAUAGCACCGGGGUUUCUUCCACGGAAUCAAACGCAGAUGCAAUCUGGCCAACAGAGGUAAUCGAGCAAGAGAAAAUUCUACAGGCAGUGGAGGUGGUGGCAGAUACAGGUGACCAGUCGGAAACCUCGGCAGAAACCAAGAACAUGAUACACGUGGAAGAAGCAGAAGAAGAGCAGCAAAAGGAAAUCAUUCUGGUGAAACAGGUAACGGUGGAUAACGUGAUGGCAACAGAGCUGACCACAGACAAGGAGAAGUUGCCGAUAAUGGAUUGGUUCUCCAUGAAUAGUCCUACAAGAUUGUUUCUGCUGCUGGUGGUGAUGGCAUUAUUCCUGGGGUUUCUUUCUUUCAUCGACCAUUUCAUAAAACUUUCUUAUCGGCUCUAUCAGAUCCUUUCCCCUGCCAGGGAGAAUAGGCAGGAACUUUAAAUUGUACUUUCGGUUCUGCAAACGAAUGAAAGAUGUCGCUCCAGUUUCAAUUUAA